UACAGUCCACGGAAUAGUACUUCCGAAAUAUCAGGAUUAUUGCUGAGUGGAGAGAUAGGUUUUCAAGCUCCUCCUCAGUUAUGGUUUUGUUACGCCUGACUUCCCUGUCGAUGAAUGCUUCGAGAGAUCAAUGGAUGCUUAUUAUGAAUGAUCCGAUGAAGAAAAGAGCAAAUAUGAAUGUCAGUAAGAGGAGAGAUAUGUUCAGAAUGCUCCCAUCACCAGAUAUCCCAAAUAAGCGGCAAAGUUUGGUUUAGAUAUUCAAUUCUGGAAGAAAUGGUUAUGAUGGUGGUAAAAAUUUGAGU